UGGCGGGAAAAUGAAGGGUUUCAUUUGUUGUGCAUUCCACAAUGGUACUAAGCGGCAGAGAAAGUUUGAUUCGAUUGAUCGGAAAACGUCGUCGUUUUCUUCCCAAUCGUCAUUCUAUUCUCUCCGAUCCCAUUCCUAACCCUAACCCUAUCCAUCAACCCGAACCUACUACAGCCGUUCACAACCCCCAAAACGACGUCGUUAUCUGCCCUGUUUGUUCCCUUACUCUUCCCUCCGAUAACCACCGCAUCAACUCUCAUCUCGAUUUGUGUCUUGCUGAACCUAAACGUAGUAGUAGUAGUGGAACAAAACGAAAACUCACACAACGAACCCUACUUCAGUUAAACUUCACCCACGCGCCUUCACACUCCUUGGAUUCCACGCGUCAAGAAAAUUUUCAGUUCACUGAACAUGAAGAAAAUUUUCAGUUCGCUGAAAAUGAUUCUGCAAUUGUUGCAACUGAAUCUUCGUCCUUGGCCUCUGAUUCCAAUUCCAACCAUAUUGAUAUUAAUCACCAUGAUGUUAUUGAUGAUAAAUGUGGUAUUUUUGGAGUAAAGCUUGAGACUUUGAUUGUGGGUCGGAGAUAUGGUGAUAAAGAGGAAGUGUGUGUUGGAGACGCAGUUUCUCUUUUGAGAGACUCACAGAAUGUUAAGGAUCCAAAUGCCAUCAAGGUUGUUUCUGCAGAUUCUGGGUGUUCUAAAUUUCUAGGUUAUCUCCCUCGUGAGCUGGCUCAGUAUCUAUCUCCUUUAAUUGACAACUAUGGCGUUGUAUUUCAGGGACAUGUCACUUCUAUUCCGAAACAAUCUCUUGAUGCUGUUCCAAUUCAGAUUAUGUGCCACAGAACACCAGAUGGUGAAAUCAAGUAUGAAGAUGAGACUUUUAAAAGCUUAUGGAAGAAUGCUCAGCAUGCUGUUGAAUCUGCUAUCAAGAAUCCUUCAUCCGUAAAGUACCAGCUAAAUUUUUGUAUUAUGCUACAAGAGGUGUUAAGAAAUAACUGUCACCUUCUAACAGAAGAUGAAAAAACCUAUAUGGAGUCAUUCACUUCACUCUCAAAUGACAGUCAGAGGCUCUUUGUUCGGCUGUACACUAGAAAAGGACCUUGGUUUCGCAUGUCUAGUAUAUCGUAUCCUGAAAUAUUGGAUACUCAAAAAGCUGUCUUGGAACUUGCUGAGAAAGAAUACAUAUGCUCUGUUGAAAAUGGAAAUCAACUUUGUGAGAGUGACAUGAAUGAUAUAUUGGAUGUGCUCACUGUCUCUGAGUUGCGUGAGAUUUGGUCUUUCUUGCUUAAAAAGAGUUGUGGUCACGGGAUGAAGAAGCAAGAUCUCAUUUCAUCUAUUCUUUCUACAAAUGCCGGACUAUGGACACACCUAUCAACUAUGAUUUUGGAUAGAACUGGUUUAUGUAUCAAGAUUUCUUCAAAAGCUGAAUCUCUUAUCUGGCGUAUCGAGAGACUUUUCUUCUUAAAUGGAGAGCAGGAUCUAUCGUCCUUUCUAUUAGUUGAUAUAGGAAAAAUCAAAUAUCCAACUUAUAUCUGCACAAUAUUGGAACCAAUAUUCUCAAAUCGCACAAAUCUUCUUGCAUACGAAGAGGCCAUUGAAGUGGCACAAAUUAUUGAUGAAGCUCUUGAUGCAAACAAAACUGAUGUAGUAUUGAGGUGCAUACAAAUUGCUAAAUCCCGUGUAUCCACUGUGUUGCCCCUCCAGUACUCGACUUCUGAAUCAGUAUCUACAUUCCAUCACUUAUUUACAGCACCAUGGGUAUACUCCAAAGUGAUCACAUUAGGGAUUUCCUUUCUUGAGCAAGAGCGCAGGUACAGUGAUGCAGUUGACUUACUUAAGUGGCUGCAAAAUGUUUACACUUGUGAUGUAAAAAGAGGAUAUUGGACACUGAGAUUAUCAGUUGACCUGGAGCAUCUGGGUUACAUUGAUGAGAGCCUUCAAGUGGCUGAAAAUGGAUUAAUGGAUCCAUGGGUACGAGCUGGUUCAAAAAUGGCAUUGCAAAGACGGGUUCUUCGCUUAGGAAAACCACCAAGACGGUGGAAAGUUCCUAGCUUUUCUAGGUCUGUACUGCGUAAGAUCCCUGAGGUUUGUGUUCAAGGGAGACCUUUGAAUUCUGAAUUGGGAGCCAAAAACAGGUUUUACAAUGAAGAAGGGAUGCAAUGUGGAGUGGAAGAGCUUGCUUUGCAUUAUUAUGCCGAGGAGGGAUGGCAAGGUGUUCAUACAGAGAGCGGCAUAUGGUUAACUAUUUUUGGGCUUCUUAUGUGGGAUGCAAUAUAUGCUGAUGUGCCUAAUGUCUUCUAUACUAGAUUUCAGCCUUUGAAUUUACAGAAUGCUCCUUUGGAUUUGGGUACCAAUAGCUUUUUUACGGCAAGAAAGAGUACCAUAGAAUCCCAUCUGCAGCAAAUUUGUGACGGCAUGGCUGAGGAGUUUCUUAUUAAGUCAUGGGAAACACAUAAUGGGACAUCUUGUAGAGGAGUUAACUGGGACCGCCAUUCUUUAGAUGAGCUUCGUGCUGCUGUUACUUGUGUUGGGGGAUCUUGUUUGGCAUCUUUCUGCAAGCUUCUUUGUGAAGACUAUCGGAGUUGGUCUAGUGGAAUGCCUGAUUUGCUGCUAUGGCGUUUCUGCGGAGAAUAUAGUGGUGAAGCUAAGCUUGUUGAAGUGAAAGGUCCCAGGGAUCGACUCUCGGAACAGCAGAGAGCAUGGCUACUGAUGCUUAUGGAUUGUGGAUUCAUAGUCGAGGUUUGUAAAGUGAAACCUUUGUAGAUCAACACAAAUCAUUACAUGCUGCUUAAAAUUACACUAGAAGCACAUCGAAGAUUACAGCUCCCAGAAAUAUUUCAUCAUGAGUAGCGUUCACUUUGCAAAAUUUCACUAUCAAUUUACAAGCAUUAUUCUUGGAGAGAAUAGGAAGUGCUUAGUGCUCUGGUCCAAAUGUGAACUGUUCUGGAUAGAAAUUAAGAUCCGCCAAAGGAAUAUGAGGAAGUCAAUGAACCGACAAAGUACUGAAGCUCAGAUCAAUGUUUAUACAUUGAAUAGGUAAAUGUUGGCGAUUAAUUUGUAAGGGGCCGGAGAAGGGGAGGUUGUUAGGAGCAGGGAUUGAGUUCUGGACCUCGUUCUUAAUACUCCUUCAGUGUUCCAACAUGUACCACUAGACUACCACCUUAGGAGACUCAAAUCAAAAUAUAUUACUCCCACAUAUUGAAGUAAAUGCAGGGGUUCUGGGAUAUUUGCUUUGGAUUCCAUUCUCCUGUUAUGCAUGAAUUGGCAGAUUCUGAAGCAAAUCUUCAUGCUAAAAGUCUUAUUCUUUAUUUUUACUUUUUUGCCUCAUUCAGUCAUUUCACAACAAGUCUCCAAAAUUACAAUCAAGGCUUUGGUUUAUUAAGUGAGUUGGGCUGUCAUGUAAAUUGUGGGUUGUUGUUUCUCAUAGGUUCUCUCCACCGGAGAUAAUUCUAUUUAUAGGGUGUUAGACACUAAAUGUGAAUAUUCUCUAUUAGUAUUUGAACCUUGGUUUGCCAUUUUGUGGGAGAUUCGUCUUUUCUGUUAGAUUCAACCUCUGGUCGUGUUAAACUGGAUAAACUUAUUAAACAAUGACCUGGAGAUGUUGCUAGUUUAAUCCAAUUUUUAAUAUGUUAUGUUACUGUAAGCAAACAUACCUCAA